CCGCUGUAUGACCGGAGCGCGCUCAGUCCCGCUGUAUGACCGGAGCGCGCACACUCCCCGGUACGGAGCAGCUUUCCCCCUUUUAUUCGGUACCGGGUCUCCCGUGUGUAUAUGUAGCCGGUAACAGGAGCUCUCAGCGGCACUCUGCGGUCGCCUUUGCGCCAUGGAGGACUGCUGCUCCCCGGAAAGCGAGAGGAUGGAAGCGUGGCUGGACGACCACCUGGAGUUCUCGCACUCCUACUUUAUCAGGAAGGCGUCAAGGGAGAUGGUGAACGCCUGGUUCUCUGAGCGAGUUCACUCCAUCCAGCAGUCUUCCUGCAAAGAGAAUCCUCCACAGCAGCACUCCGGCCCCCCCUCUGCCUCCACCAUUCUCCCACCUACACUCCAGGACAGCCGCUGCCCGUCCCCCAUCCCCAGCCCGGCCCCUGGCACCCCCACCCGCAAGAUAUCAGCGUCAGAGUUCGACCGCCCGCUCAGACCCAUCGUGGUGAAAGACGCCGAGGGCUCUCUGACGUUCCUGAGCGACGCCGACCGGGAGACGGUCCCUCUGCGCGGCUCUGUGAUGGGCGAGGGGGGUAUCGGUGGGGGGGGCAGCGGGGCAGGAAGUGACCGCUGCGCCAGGCUGCUGGAGCUGGUGAUGGACGUGUCCAGUCAUCUGGACGUGACAGCACUCUGUCACAAGAUCUUCCUCCACAUCAACGAGCUGAUCGCUGCAGACCGCUACUCCCUGUUUCUGGUGGGCGAGGACAGCUCCAACAGGAAGUUCCUGGUCAGCCGUCUGUUCGAUGUGGCAGAGGGGUCCACGCUGGAGGAGUCCUCCAGCAGCUACAUCCGGCUGGAGUGGAACAAGGGCAUUGUGGGACAUGUAGCCGCCACCGGACAGCCGCUCAAUAUCAAGAAUGCUUACGAGGACCCUAGGUUUAAUGCUGAAGUGGACCUGAUCACAGGAUACAGAACCCAGAGUAUCCUGUGCCUUCCCAUAAAGAACCACAGAGACGAGGUAGUUGGAGUGGCUCAGGCGAUCAAUAAGAAAUGUGGGGAGGACAGUGCCUUCACUGAGCAGGAUGAGAGGGAUUUCUCAGCCUAUCUGGCCUUUUCAGGCAUCGUCCUGCACAACGCCCAGCUCUACGAGACCUCUCAGCUGGAAAACAGACGCAAUCAGGUGCUGUUAGACCUGGCCAGUCUGAUCUUUGAGGAGCAGCAGUGUCUGGAGGUUCUGCUGAGGAAGAUCGCAGGAACCAUCCUGUCCUUCAUGCAGGCCCAGGCCUGUACCGUGUUCACCACUGAGGACGAGUCCAUGAACUCCUUCUCCAGUGUCUUUCACAUGGAAUAUGAGGAGCUGCGGGAAGUCCUCGACCCCCCCAAAAGGGACUGUGAUGUCAGUCAGAUUAACUACAUGUACGCGCAGUGUGUUAAAAACACCAUGCAGCCUCUCAACAUCGCAGACGUGACCAAGGACCAACGCUUCCCUUGGACAAGGGAAGAUCCAGAUCUCAGCAGCAACCAGAUCAAGAGUUUGCUCUGCACUCCCAUCAGGAACGGCAAGAAGGAUAAAGUCAUAGGUGUGUGUCAGCUGGUGAACAAGAUGGAUGAAGCUUCAGGCAGUGUGAAGGCCUUCAACAGGAACGAUGAGCAGUUCCUGGAGGCCUUCGCCAUCUUCUGUGGUCUAGGAAUUCAGAACACACAGAUGUACGAGACAGUGGAGAGAGCCAGGGCCAAGCAGCAGGUCACUCUGGAGGUGUUGUCAUAUCACGCCUCUGCCGCAGAGGAAGAGACGCGGGAACUCCAGGUAACCGCGGUAGCCACUGUGCCGUCCGCCCAGUCGUUGCAUCUCAUGGACUUCAGCUUCAGUGACUUUGAUUUGUCAGACACAGAAACCACCAUGGCUACAAUCCGGAUGUUUGUCGACCUCAAUCUGGUCCAAAACUUCCAGAUGAAGUACACAAGUUUAUGCCAUUGGAUUCUGAGUGUGAAGAAGAACUACAGGAAGAAUGUGGCCUAUCACAACUGGAGACACGCCUUCAACACGGCCCAGACCAUGUUCACCCUGCUGAAGUCCGGACGCUUACAGAAUAAACUGAAUGACUUGGAGGUCUUGGCUUUGAUGAUUGCAACUCUAAGCCACGAUCUGGACCACAGAGGAGUCAACAACUCCUACAUACAGAGGAGCGAGCACCCUCUUGCCCAGCUGUACUGCCACUCCACCAUGGAGCACCACCACUUCGACCAGUGCCUGAUGAUCCUCAACAGCUCUGGAAACCAGAUCCUGAGCGCCCUCUCCCUGGACGAGUACAAGGCCACUCUGAAGAUGAUCGAGAGGGCUAUUCUGGCCACUGACCUGGCUCUGUACAUGAAAAGGCGUGGUGAAUUCUUUGAGCUCACCAAGAACAGCCAGUUUGUUUGGGAGAACGAACAUCACAGAGACUUACUGAGGUCAAUGCUGAUGACGGCGUGUGACAUCUCAGCCAUCACCAAGCCCUGGCCCGUGCAGAAGAGGGUUGCCGAGCUGGUAGCCACUGAGUUCUUCGAGCAGGGGGAUAAGGAGAGGCGGGAGCUGAACGUUGAACCCAUCGACCUGAUGAAUCGGGAGAAAAGAGAUAAGAUUCCCAGCAUGCAGGUGUCCUUCAUUGAUGCCAUCUGCACUCAGUUAUAUGAGACCUUGUCUGGCAUGUCGGAGUACUGCUCCCCGUUGUUGGAAGGAUGUCAGAAGAACAGGCAGCGUUGGAAGUGUUUGGCCGAGGAGUGUGAGAAGGGGCUGGGUAACGGCUUCAUGUGAUCCCAACACGAGUUUGAUUUUAAACCAACAUUAAUGUCCAUGGUUUUCCAUGUCCAACCUGGUCUCACAACAUUUCAUGAAAUGUGCAUGAUAUCUAAACGGACACAUAUGAGUCUGUGUGAAAAAAGGUUCAGUUCCCAACUUUUACCAAGAGUUUUUCUAAAUUAAGAAUAAUUCCAGUUACCUACAACUUUGAUCUUACUUUCAUAGGUUUGCCCACCCUUCCUAUUUGUGAUGAUAAGGUUGUACUCACUAAACCUUACAAUAAGACUAAGAGCCAGGGACAGCCAAGCUUUGAGUUGAAUGCUAACACAAGCAUGCUAGCAGAAGCACAAUGCUUUCAUGCUGACGUUUAGCGCAUAGUGUUGCUGUAAUGUUUAAUGUUUCCUUAUUAACAGCUAAUAAACAGCUGAUUAGCACUAAAGCUAAUUAUGAUGGGUAAGUCAUUUGUUUCUGAGCCUCUAGUCAUUAACUAAAGUAUUGCUUCAGGAAGCGGAUCACCAAAGUCAUUAGAAUUAGUGCUCUUUGAACAAUAAAUGUCUGUACUAAUUUCAUUGCAAUCCAUCUAGUAGAUACUGAGAUACUAAGUACUGGGGGCCGACUAUGGUUUUAAGGUUUUAAUGGUUUUGCAUAAUUUAAUAAAACACAAACAUCCUAGAAAACAACAGACCAACAGUGCAGGAAGAGGCAAAAAAAAAAACGUGGGCUUAUUUAAAGCCUCUACCUAAAUAAUGUUAAAAAUAACAAUUUUAUAUAAACACAAGAUCAAGAAACCAACAAUUGCUUAAAUUCAAUAAAAAUGUCAAACUUUAAGAUCAAUAUGUACUAUAGUUACAAUUUUAACAUAAUAACACUAUGAAACCGGGCAUCAUACAGGGGUCAAAGCAGCGAGGUACACUUCUGGAAGGUGUACCUCGCUGGAAGGCCUGCAACGGAUGGUGAAUGAACCUCUACAAGUCCAACACUUAGGGGUCCUCCAGGCUAAAGGUUCCUUUGCCACAUUAAGUUGGUGUGGUUAGCAGUCUGUGUUGUAGCUAACCGUGAGGCUAACAAAACUCCAUGUAAAGGAAUGAGUUUGGAUGAUCUGGCUAAACUUGUUUACAUCCCUCCGAUCAUCCCACAGCACAUUUCUGGCCCAGCCGGAUUCUGUACCCAGAUCUUAGCGAAAACUUUAGUGAGUACGUUACUAAAUCUGUGAAAGUAAGACCGAAUAAAACAUUAAACAAAUUGAUAAAGUAUCUUAAGCUAACUGUUAGCCUACUGUUUCACAAACAGGUAUGAUCCUUGUUCCAGAGGUCAUGCUCAUUUUAGGGAAACUUUGUGAGACUUGUCUUCCUGUCAUCACAUUAUUUCAUGGCCUUUUUUUAUUUUUGCACAGAGUGACUGUCAUGUUGAAGUCUCACUUACAUUAUCUCUCACAGUUAGUAUAUUUUAGGAAAACACUGAAUGGUGAUACAGAUCUCUGGGGAUCAGCACCAGUUUGGUGGAGACAGAUAUUGUACUGUAGACAUAUGUACAUAAUAUACAUUACAUAGUGUCACAAUAAUCUGAGAAACUUGUUAAGUCUGUCUUCAUUCACAGCACUACAAGGGUUUGAGUCUUUUGUAAUGUUUCACUCAUUGUCUUAACUAUUGUGUAUUUAUUUUUUGUUUUAUGUAUUUAUUAGUUUCUAUAUUGUAAGGUCAGUCUUUUGUCAACAGCACACAAUUCUUGAUAUAGUAAAAAGCAGUUUUCAUAUUUAAAAAAAACCUAUUUUUGAAGUACCUUUCUUAGGAACAACACGUUCGGGUGCCACUUGGAUGUGUACUGUUUUGUAUUGCUGUUUCAAAGAAAAGGCCUGUAAUUUCGAAAGGGAAAUGGGUCGACGUUUUCCACUGCCGUUAUGAUAGAAUAGGAGCAAUUCACAAUUCAAAGGAAUGUUUGUAUAUUUUUAGAAAUGGAAAGAUGGAGCAGCCGGACCAGACAGUGUUAUGAUUUACUAGUAUGACGUUUCUUGCAUAUCCACCAAAAAUAGAACAGAACUGAAAAUCAACCAAUAAGAUUGUGUCAUCUAGCCUGGGUACACUGUAUUGUAUAAACACAGUGUCCUAUCAAAUUGAAAUUAAUCUUAUUAAAGCUUGUCUUCAAUUGAUAUAUAAGAAAUGUAACACACUUUAAAGACUGGCCAAGAGUUCAGCCCGGGUUAAUUAAAGGUCCCAUGACAUGGCCAUUU